AAUCAACUCCUCAUGCCAAGCGAUGAGUGAUAAAUUAAGGAAGUGUAACUGAACUGAAGACCCAGCUUGGGUGAUCAGCCCAGGUUUUGGACAAAGCUGCUGCAAAACUACAAGUCCCAGCAUGCCUUUCAUAAGCACACUACACAUCAUCUGUAGAGUUCACACAUGCUCAGUGUGGUGGCUGAAGCCUGUUUUCCAUAGGUUCCUGACUAGGUUAAAUAAGGUGGGGCAAAUAGCCCCACCCCAAAAGCAAGCUUCAGGAUUUGAAGUUUGAGCCUAGCCCUGAGGUAGAGCCGGAAUUUACCUUUGUACUUCACACGGUCAGAGUUGGUGGUGACUACGUGGGUCUGGAGCUGGCUGCCGUCCUGACACGUCCUAGAGCUGCAAGCAGGUUUGAAUCCAGGAUCACUUGGACUGCUGUUCCUCUCCCCACCCCCUAUAUUCUUUAUCCUUUUCCCUUCAGGACUUUCCCACAGGUUACUAGGUCUCACAUGAUUUCUACUGCCCUUGAGGAUCCCUGCCUAAGUAAGAUUCCUACUACCUGCCGACAGGGUACUAGUAUCAGGUAGGUCUCUACUACCUGACUAUAGGGACUGUCGACUAACUCUCAGUAGCCCCUUAUCAAAAUACCUAGCACUGUUUCCUCGCAGGAAAUGCUGGGAAGGGUGGGCCCCAGAGCAUGAUCAACUGAAGGUAGAGGUUAAGGAUCAGGGCUGAGGUGGGAAGAUGGUGUCAGUCACCAAAUAUGACCUUACUGGCUGCUCUGCCUUCUGCAGGUCCUGCCAGAGAGCCACCAUGGCCUCUGAGCCUCUCAGGCUGGCAGAAGAGUAUGGCCCAAGUGCUGGGGAAUCUGAACUGGCUGUGAACCCCUUUGAUGGGCUUCCCUUCUCUUCCCGCUACUAUGAGCUGCUGGAGCAGCGCCACGCCUUGCCCAUCUGGGCUGCUCGCUUUGCCUUCUUGGAGCAGUUGGAGAGUAACCCCACUGGAGUGGUGCUGGUGUCUGGGGAGCCUGGUUCUGGCAAGAGCACCCAGAUCCCUCAGUGGUGUGCAGAGUUUGUGCUGGCCAGAGGGUUCCAGAAAGGACAGGUUACUGUCACACAGCCCUACCCUCUUGCAGCCCGGAGCCUGGCUCUGAGGGUUGCUGAUGAGAUGGACCUGACCCUGGGUCAUGAGGUUGGAUACAGCAUCCCUCAGGAGGACUGCACAGGGCCCAACACCCUGCUCAGGUUCUGCUGGGACAGGCUGCUUCUGCAGGAGGUGGCCUCGACCCGGGGCACUGGAGUCUGGGGCGUGCUGGUACUAGAUGAGGCUCAGGAGCGGUCGGUGGCAUCAGAUUCACUCCAGGGGCUACUGCAAGAUGCCAGGCUGGAAAACCUUCCGGGGGACCUCAGAGUGGUUGUGGUUACUGACCCAGCCCUUGAACCUAAGCUCCGAGCUUUCUGGGGCAAUCCUCCUAUUGUGCAUAUACCCAGAGAGGCUGGUGAGAGACCUUCUCCCAUCUAUCGGGACACCAUCCCCCCUGAUCGAGUGGAAGCUGCCUGCCAAGCAGUGCUUGAGUUGUGUCGGAAGGAGGCUCCAGGAGAUGUGCUAGUGUACCUGCCCAGUGAGGAGGAAAUUUCCCUCUGCUGUGAAUCCUUGUCCAGGGAGGUAGAGUCCCUGCCUCUCCAAAGGCUUCCACCACGAGUACUGCCCCUUCACCCAGACUGUGGACAAGCCGUUCAGGCUGUAUAUGAGGACAUGGAUGCCCGAAAGGUUGUGGUCACUCACUGGCUGGCUGACUUCUCCUUCUCCCUCCCUUCCAUCCAACAUGUCAUCGACUCAGGACUGGAGCUCCGAAGUGUUUACAAUCCUAGGAUCCGAGCAGAAUUCCAAGUGUUGAGGCCAAUCAGCAAGUGUCAGGCAGAGGCAAGACGACUGCGAGCAAGAGGGUUCCCACCAGGAUCCUGCCUCUGCCUGUAUCCUAAGUCCUUCUUAGAACUAGAAGCUCCACCAUUGCCCCAACCUAGGGUGUGUGAGGAGAAUCUGUGCUCCCUGGUGUUACUACUAAAAAGGAGACAGAUUGCAGAGCCAGGGGAGUGUCACUUCCUGGACCAGCCUGCUCCAGAAGCAUUGAUGCAAGCCCUGGAAGAUUUAGACUAUCUGGCAGCCCUGGAUGAUGAUGGGGACCUGUCAGAUCUAGGCGUCAUACUAUCAGAAUUCCCUCUGGCCCCUGAGCUGGCCAAAGCCCUGCUGGCCUCAUGCGAGUUUGACUGUGUGGACGAGAUGCUCACCCUGGCUGCCAUGCUCACGGCUGCCCCUGGGUUUACCCGUCCUCCACUCAGUGCAGAAGAAGCUGCCCUGCGUCGGGCCCUGGAACACACGGAUGGUGACCACAGUUCUCUGAUCCAGGUGUAUGAAGCCUUUAUACAAAGUGGAGCAGAUGAGGCUUGGUGCCAGGCUCGAGGUCUGAAUUGGGCAGCAUUGUGCCAAGCCCAUAAACUUCGGGGAGAGCUCCUAGAACUCAUGCAACGAAUUGAACUUCCCUUGUCCCUACCAGCCUUUGGCUCUGAGCAGAAUCGCAGAGACCUUCAGAAAGCACUGGUGUCAGGAUACUUUCUCAAGGUGGCCAGAGACACAGACGGGACUGGAAAUUACCUACUCCUAACCCAUAAGCAUGUGGCCCAGCUCUCCUCAUACUGCUGCUACCGAAGUCGUAGAGCUCCUGCCAGACCCCCACCGUGGGUGCUCUACCACAAUUUCACCAUAUCCAAAGACAACUGCCUUUCCAUUGUUUCUGAGAUUGAACCACAGAUGCUGGUGGAAUUGGCCCCUCCAUACUUCCUGAGUAACUUGCCUCCCAGUGAGAGCAGAGACCUCCUGAACCAGCUAAGGGAAGGAAUGGCAGAUUCUUCAGCAGGGAGCGAAUCAUCCUCAGUCCAGGAGUUCAGAGAUCCCUGUGUCCUGCAGUGACCUGCCUGCCUAUGGAAUGGAGCUGGGUUCAUCUCAUCACAUUAGAUUCUCCCUCAGGGUGGCACCAAAGCACCCAGAUAGAUUUAGAAGCCCAAAGUUUAGGGUUAAAUAUAAACCCUGGAAAGUGAGUCCCAAGAAAUGGUAGGCUGGGAAUGGAGAGAAUGGGGUAAACCACAGUCUACAUAGGGAAGGAUUCUUUCCUUAACCUUCUCUUAUUGAUUGGAGAGGGACUGACAUGCUCCCCAUUCUCUCAACUUUGCCAAACCCAUUCUUGUACUCCCUUGUGGUCUAUAAAAGAUUUUUCUAUGAUGCCA